AUGCCGAAGUUACAGGAAGUCAAACCUGCCUUCAAAGGGAUCGGUCUCUUAGGGGCCUACGAAAUCAAAUGGUUGGACUAUAAACAUGUCAUUAUUCAUCUCUCCAACGACCAGGAUUGUAACCGAAUCUGGACAAGACAACAGUGGUUCAUUGCUGGCCAGAAAAUCAGGAUCUUCAAGUGGCCACUGGAGUUUGAAGCGAAAACAGAAUCACCAAUAGUACCUGUGUGGAUUUCCUUCCCGAACCUAAAAGCUCACCUAUAUGAAAAAUUCGCCUUGCUACUGAUUGUAAAAACGAUUGGGAAACCACUUUUCGUGGAUAAUGCGACUACUAAAGGAUCUCGGCCAAGCAUGGCUCGAGUCUGUGUGGAAUACGAUUGCAGGAAAUUGCCUAUAGAUCAAGUUUGGAUUGUAACUCAAAAAAGGAAUACAGGUAUAGUUACUAAUGGCUAUGCGCAAAAGGUUGAGUUCUCUCAUAUGCCAAACUACUGGGACCAUUGUUGCCAUGUUGGGCACAAUGAAACCAAUUGUUUGGUCCUAGGGAACAAUUCUAAGUCAUUGGGUUCCAUGAAGCCACAGCUGAAGGGACAACCAAAACCAAUUCUCAAUGUGUCGAAGACUCAGACUCGAGAAAAGAUAGAUGAGGAAAGAGAAGACAAAGCGAAAGGAAUAAUGGUUGAAGACAUUCAGCCUGCAACAAAACAGACAGAUAUGUCGAAACAGAGCAUCUGGAGAGUGGUCAGUAAAGUCGGAAAGAGUGGGGCAAAAGAUUUAACCGAGAAUGAAAUAGACGUUGAAAAUAGAGAUGCCGACUCAGUUAUUCCAGUUUCGAACAGAUUUCAGAAGAUAAUGGAAGUUGACAAUCAUGAAGACACAACGAACAGCAACCUCGAAACAGUGAACAAAUGA